CGUCUGGUUAACAGUUUAAAAAACUUUCGAGAGAGACGUCAUAGUUAAAAUACAUUUUUAAAAUAUUUCUGGCUCCAUUUGCGGGUCGGAACUCCCUGGACGGAAUUUUAAAACGGCCCUAUUCGUUAAAAAUUCACUCUGAGACAAGAUACGUGUUAGUGGAAAUGAAAUGAUAUAAGCUGUUAACAUACAACGCGGUUGAAAAUGUCACUGAAGACCGCCAUAUUGGUUGUUAUUUUUAAUUUUUUUGCCGCCAAUUCAGAAGAGAAUAUUUUCCGAGAAAAUCGUCGAUUAGCGAAAGCAAUUGUUGAGGCAUUACAAGAUUCUAAUUUUGACGAGGAACUGGUGUUCGACCUAAAGAAGGAGAACCAGGUGUAUCUGAACCGCACCAUGUCUCUGAUCAUCAAAUAUAUUGUCAAACGGGAAGUUGAUAAUUACCGCUCGAGGCGCACCGACGCCAUCAGCCGGCGCGUCUACUCCGCCCUCGUCAUGAAACUCAUUGACAUCGCUAAGGAUCUGCCGCGUAACAAUAGCGCAGCGACUCGGAUUGACACCGCACAUCGGUACUACAUGUCCGUCGAGAGCAAGGACAUGCACGAUCAGAUGGCAGAUGCGCAAGUAUUCCACGCAUGUGCACGUCUGUACGAUGUCAUGUUGACCACGCCUACAAUCAUGGCUGAAUUGGGUAGCAUAGACGAUUUGACUCCCAGGAUCUUAAUAAAGAAACUCAAGAAUUUGGAAAUAAAGCCUGUGCAUCUCGGAGUAGCUUUACUUAUUCAAUAUCAUCUUCGAAACACAAUAAACUUUGCAAUUCGAGCUAAAUCAUUGGACAUUCUGGCAACAAAGCCUCAGAUGGUCGGACCUCAAGUUAUAGACAUGCUGAAAGCAUUAGCCUCAAGAUUGCUUCCGGUUGCUGAACUAUUGGACGUGCACCUGGCACAUUCGAGUCCCGCUUUUAAAGAUACCUGUCCAUCUACGUGGCUUGGAAUUGUUAAUAAUAAACAACCCUGAUGAUA